CUUCAGGAUUCCAACUCUUCUCCUCAUCACUCUCAACAACAUCUUCAUUCAAACAUCUUCAGUUCAUUACCUUCCAGCUCCAACGCUCUUUUUCUCCAACUUCAAUUUCCAACUCCAACUUCCAACUCACCGCAACAAUGCAGUUCACUACCAUCCUCAUUGCUCUCCUUCCGGCACUGGCUGCCGCCCAGAACCCGCUUUCUAAUACUGCAUGCCCUGCCGGUCAGCGCGAUACCUGCCCUCAGAGCAGCGAUGGCGUCAAGCGAUGCGCAGUACUGAACGGGGCAAACCUUUGCGUUAUUGACUGCCAGUCGCAGUCUGUCUGCCGCACCCAGUGCCAGCAGCAGGGCCAUGUUAACGGAUUCUGCACCACCGGCGACAACCCUUGCAUCUGCAGCGACAUCGACCCUGGCUUCUAAGCCAACCAUUGGCGCCAACGGCCCUUACUCAGUUUGGGCUAUCCCUAUAUCUGGGAUAGGCAAAUCAAGGGACCUUAGGCUUUUUUUUUUUUUUGGGGAUAUUUUACCUGUUGUUUCAUUUUGUCUGCUGCUGUACAGAGGAGGUUUUUGGAACUUUGGCUAGCCCUAACUUAUCAAGCUUCUAGAUGCAGGGGUCGACGCCUGAAGCCCCUGCCACUGUUAGUCUUGCAAGGUUUUAACAGCUUCCUUUAGUUGUAGACAAUAAGAACAGUUCACUUUAA